AUGAUCGACGCAGGCUCAACCGGGACCAUCAAGGCUUCCUCGCCCCCUGAUACGCCGACGUACGCCGUCCUCGACCUCGGCGGUGCGUCUACGCAAAUCGUGUUCGAGCCUGUCUUUGCGUCCUCGGAUAUGCAGCUGGAGGAGAGGGAGCAUAAGUACGAUCUUCGGUUCGGUGGCCGGAGCCAUGUGCUGUACCAACACUCGUAUUUGGGGUAUGGCUUGAUGCGUGCAAGGAGACACGUUCAUAGAUUGGUGGAUUUCAUGUCGACGUCGCAGGGUUCGAAGCCGAAGGCGGUGGUGGGGAAUCCGUGUCUUGCGAAGCUACACGUUCGUUGA